AUGGGGGCCUUAGAGUAUAUAGGAUUUAUUACUCCGGAGUUUAUAUUACGUCGGAUCAAUGCGAUUAAUGCGGUGUCUACGUUCUGUUAUAUUAAAGAAGGCCGCUCUAUAUCUCGUUCGAAAAAAUCGGGUCGCCGCCCUAUAACUAACAAUCUUCCCUCGUCUCCUACAAAGCGGCCGUGGAUUUCAACCGAAGAUAAUACUAAUAUCGUUCUUCUUAAAGCGAUAGAAUCUAUACGGAUCAAGUCCCUAAAUGACCGGCCUAGGAUCUACUUUCUUUGUGUUGGAAACCCCAAACUUUCGUUGAAAGACCGAAUCAUAGAACACACAACACCUAGCUCGCUCACUAGACAUUUUCUCCGGAAGCAUAUAAACCCUCCUUAG